CUUAAAAUUAUAUUACGGAAUAAAAUCAUGUCUUGUAAAACAAUUCUUGCUUCAAAGGUUUCCGCUUCUUUCAGAACCCAAAUUAAGGAAGAUAUCAAGGAACGUAAUAUUCGUCCCAAGUUGGUAGGUUUCCUUGCCAAUGAAGACCCUGCUGCUAUCAAAUAUGCUGAGUGGACUGCAAAGACUUGUGCUGAAACUGGUGUUGAAUUUGAACUUCGUAAAACAACCAAAUUAGAAUUGGAGGAAAAGAUUACAGAAGCCAACGAAGAUAAGUCUGUAAAUGGUAUUAUGGUCUAUUAUCCCGUGUUUGGUGGAAAGCAAGACUUGUAUCUUCAAAGCUGUGUCAGUGAGCUUAAGGAUGUUGAGGGUCUUUGUCAUAAGUUUGUACAUAACGUCUAUCACAAUAUUCGUUAUAUGGAUGAAACUGAAACUAUGAAGUGUAUUAUUCCUUGUACUCCUCUUGCUUGUGUUAAGAUUCUUGAAUAUAUUGGUGUUUAUAACCCUGUUAUUCCUUAUGGCAACCGCCUUUAUGGCCGUACAAUUGCUGUUAUCAACCGUAGUGAAAUUGUUGGUCGUCCUUUGGCAGCCAUGUUGGCUAAUGAUGGUGCCAAAGUUUACUCCGUUGAUGUCACUGGCAUCCAAAUCUUUACUCGUGGAUCUGGCAUCAAAUUAUCCGCCCAUAAAGUGGAAGAUACCGACCUUACACUUGAACAAGUUAUACCUCAAUGUGAUGUUGUCAUCACUGGUGUUCCCACUCCUCAUUACAAAAUGCCCACAUCUUUAUUGAAGGAAGGCGUUGUAGCCAUCAAUUUCUCUUCAUCCAAGAACUUUGAAGAAGAUGUUAAGACGCGUGCAUCUAUCUUUGUACCUUCUGUUGGUAAAGUCACUGUUGCAAUGUUGGAACGUAACUUGCUUCGUUUGCAUGAUUAUCAACAUGAUUUGACUGAAAAGAGCAAAAAGUAAACCAUUACACACUAGAUAACCCUACACACAUUGUACUAUAAUAAUAAAGCUAAAUACAUACAUGACCAUGCUAA